AUGACUAAGGUUUCUUCCUCUGCAGAUAAUAACCCUAUGCUCCGGGAUGGGAUAACUGGUGAUUGGAUCGGGACGUUCCUUGGCCACAAAGGUGCCGUUUGGCAGGCAAGGCUUUCCGUGGACGCUACCAUUGCUGCUACCGCUGCUGCAGACUUCUCUGCAAAGGUAUGGGACACACAUACCGGAGAAUGCCUGCACACAUUGCAGCACUCCCACAUUGUUCGAGCAGUUGCUUUCCCGGUGCAAGCUGGUCCUCAAAUCCUAGCUACAGGAGGCAUGGAGAAGAAACUACGUAUCUUUGACCUCUCCCGGGCCCAAGGCAGUAGUUCUUCCUCUCCUACGUCUCAAAGUGCAGCCAACGGAGCAAGUUCUAGCUCAUCUUCCUCUAACGCCAUGAGCUAUGAGAUUGGUCCCGGCGUACACAACGGUACUAUCAAGUCCAUUAUCUGGUACCAGGACUACAACAUCCUCGUCACUGCAGCGGAUGACAAGAAGGUUCGAUGGUGGGAUCUUCGUUCUCGUCAUCCAUGUGCGGAAUAUGCCGUGGAUGGAACUAUUGGUAGCUGUGAGAUGAAUGCGAUUUCAACGACUCCUAAUGACCCAGGAGUAUUGAGCGUUGCUGCGGGCAAAGCAGCGUACUUCUUCGACCCCGUACAACCAGGCCGGUUGUUGAAAAAGACGGAUUUCUCGUAUGAGCUUGCCAGUGUUGCUGUUAACAAGGCCACGAGCCGGUUCGUCACUGGCAGUACGGGUGAUACAUGGGCGCGUGUUUACGAUCUUGAAACAAACGACGAACUAGAGGUGCAACGAGGCCAUCACGGCCCGAUUUGGUCGCUCAGCUACUCUCCUGACGGCAAGAUCUACGGCACAGGAAGCGAGGAUGGAACGAUUAAGUUAUGGAAGGCAUGUAGAGAGCCGUAUGGUCUAUGGAGAUAG